CACCUACUAUCAUGAACAAGGACAUCGAAAAGACCGUCACAGAAAUAAGGGGGAAGUUUGACACCUCCAAAUUGUCGGAUUUCAUUACCAAUGAGAAUGCAAUCAGCUCAAACCCACUGGUGUCCCUUGGUAUCCACAUACCCAAGUGGCAAGGUCCCCUUACUAUCAAACAAUUUGUAUUCGGACAGUCCAAUCCAACGUAUUUGAUUAUUGACGCCAACAACAACUUAUCUGUGUUGAGAAGGAAGCCAUUUCCAAACUCUAAGCUUGUUUCCAAGUCUGCUCAUGCCAUUGAAAGAGAAUUCUUUAUCAUUAACGGUAUUAACACUUUGAACGAAAGGAGUCUGAAGAAAGUCCCAGUCCCAGAUACAUACUUUUUGUGUGAAGACGAGUCCAUUAUUGGAUAUGUGUUUUACGUUAUGGAGUACGUUGAAGGAGCACUGAUCAAAAACCCCGAUAUGGGGGACCUUGCACCAGCCAAAAAAGACCAAUUGUGGAAUUCGAUCAUGGAUACCAUUACUGCGAUUCACUCUUUGGACGCAGAUAAGUUGAUUGAACUGCUCCCAGAAAAACACUUUCCACAAUUCAAGAAACCCAAGUCGGUCACUGGUUCGUCUGCUUCGUACUUUGAAAGGCAGAUGAAGACGUUGGCUGGUGUAUCGAAGAAACAAGGUGAAACAGUAGAACCAAUUCCACACUUUGAUGUCAUCACUCAGUAUAUCUUGAAAAAUGCCCCCAAAGAUCCAGUCAAAAAGAUGUUGAUUCAUGGCGAUUGCAAGAUCGACAACUUCUUAUUUGACAAGCAGUUGAACAAAGUUAUUGCAGUUUUGGACUGGGAAUUGUGCACGUUUGGCCACCCCCUCUUCGACUUAGCUAACUUCUUGCAACCAUUCCAAAUCCCUAACGAAUUGAAUGCUCUUUUCUUUGCUCCUUUGGAGACCGAUGUCGGAAAGGAGAACUCAGCUUCUUUGCAGUUAAUUCAGGAUAAAUUAAAAUUGUACAAACAAAAGUUGGGGUUUGUGUGGGAUCCAAACGACCCAUCGAACGAUCCAGUAAAGAAAUGGCAAGUUGGCUUCUUAUUUGGACUAGUCAGGUUGUCGGUGAUUUCGCAGGGAAUUGCCAUGAGAAUCAAAAAGGGUUCUGCAUCUUCUGCUAAUGCUGCCGGUUUUGGUUCUUUAUACCCCUACUUGGCGGAGCUUGUAUUUGGGGACAUUAGACCUCCAAAAUUGUAGACACUCAAUACACAUUUGACGAAUUUUUCGCAGUCGAAAAAUCAA